CAUUCUCGCGAGGUGAGCCCUGAUGGUGUCAUCUACUAGUCGUUAAUCAGCGGAUUCUCUGAGGAAAUCUGUUAUUUUUUAAAUGUAUGAUUUUCCUAUCCUGAGUUUUAGAAACGGACAGGAAACGGAGGGAUAUGCGCCCAGGCAAAUGUGGAUACAUCUUACCGAAAACGCGAGGGGAGGGAAACAUGUAACCGGGCGUUCGGAGCGGCACCUGACACUUCGCGAGCAGGACUCUCUGUCUGUUGUAUCCACCCGUUAUUUUAUUAUUUGAAUUAUUGACACACAGUAUUUUUGUGUUUUCCGUUGGAUAUUAUCGUCGAGCCAAGACUUCAAAAAUGAGCGAGGAAGUAUCAGAGGUCCCCAAAGAACUGCUGGAGAGUGUGAAGGAUGCAGUAGGGAGGAAGAUGAAGCUCUCGGUGAAGAAGAGAGUCAAACUAGAGAUCAAAGGAGACAAGGUGGAGAACAGAGUCUUGGCUCUCUCAUCUCACCGGGCCUUCCUUCUGACUGCACGCAUCCCUAGCAAGGUUGAACACAACUUUAAUUAUCUGGAGAUACAAGGGAUCACCUGUAACAAGCCCACACAGUUGACGGUGGACUAUGAGAGAGGUGUUGUGUCUCUGAAGCUGACCUCUACAGAAGAGGUGAAUGAGGUGGUGGCUCACAUUGGGAUCUGUCUACAGAGGAUAUGUCCUGGUCUAUCACCACUGAAGCUGAUGAAGAAGCUGAGUAUGGAGCCUCCGGAGAGGAUCACCAGCCUACAGACUCUAUGGGACAACCACAAAGUAGCAGAACCAGGACCGUGUGGUGGUUUCUCUCAGAUGUACAGAUGUGUGUGUGACUGGCUGGGUCUGCCCUACAGAGAGGAAGUUCAAUGGGACGUAGACACCAUCUAUCUGACUCAAGACACACGGGAUCUCAGCCUUCAGGACUUCAGUCAUCUGGAGAAUAGGGAUCUAGUGGCUAUAAUAGCAGUGUUGGAGUACAACCAAUGGUUCACAAAGCUCUCCACAAAGGAUUGUAAACUGUCAGCAGACGUGUCUGACCAGAUCCUUCGGGUGGUGGCCCGGUCCAGUCGACUAGAGGAACUGGUUCUGGACAACGCAGGACUCACUAGGGAUUUUGCACAGAAGCUGGCGAAUGCCCUCUCCCAUAACCCUAACUCAGGACUCCACACUGUCAACCUUGCCAAUAACCCACUGGAGGAUCGAGGAAUCACCUCCCUGGGAGCACAGUUCGCCAAACUCCCUAAGGGACUCAAGCAUUUAAACUUUUCCAAAACCUCAUUGUCACCCAAAGGGGUGAACAGCCUUGCCCAGUCACUGAGUGCCAACCAGUCCAUCCCCAGCACCCUCAGUCACCUGGACCUCUCAGGGAACAUACUGCGGGCAGACGACAUCCCGCAUUUCUACCAUUUCCUGGGCCAACCCAACAGCCUGACGACUCUGGACUUGUCCAACACAGACUGUUCUCUGGACCUGGUGUGUUCUGCUCUCCUGAGGGGCUCCGUCCAGAACCUCUCUGUCCUCAACAUGUCCAAGAGUGUAUUUGCACAUAGGAAAGGCAAAGAUGUGCCUCCAUCCUUCAAGCACUUCUUCAGCAGCGCCGUGGCCCUCAGCUGCAUCAACCUUUCAGGAACCAAACUCCCUCCAGAGGCCUUGAAAGCUCUUCUGCUUGGUCUGGCCAGUAACCCCAACAUCAAGGAAGUGUCGUUAGACCUCAGCUGCUGUGAGCUCAGGUCUGGGGGGUCACAGAUCCUGGAGGGAUGCAUCGCUGAGCUCCCCAACAUCUCCAGUCUGGAUAUCUCUGACAACGGUCUGGACUCUGACCUGUCCACUCUGCUGGUGUGGCUGGCCAAGAACCGAUCCAUCCGACACCUCUCUCUGGGGAAGAACUUCAACAACAUCAAGUCCAAGAAUCUGGCCCCUGUCCUGGACAAUCUGGUCCAUAUGAUUCAGGAAGAGGAGUCGCCCCUGACGUCUCUGUCCCUGGCUGACUCUAAGCUGAAGACGGACCUCACCAUUGUGCUGAAUGCUCUGGGCAGCAACACCAGUCUGACCAGGGUGGAUAUCAGUGGGAACGCCAUGGGGGACAUGGGGGCUAAGAUGCUGGCCAAGGCCCUGCAGAUCAACAGCAAACUAAGGACGGUGAUCUGGGAUAAGAACAACAUCAGUCCUCAAGGUCUUCAGGAUGUAGCAGCUGCUCUGGAGAAAAACUUCACCAUCCGGUUCAUGCCUAUCCCCAUCAUCGAUGCGUCUCAGGCUCUCAAAGCCAGCCCAGAGAAGACUGAGGAUGCCCUGCUCAAGAUUGAGAACUACCUGUUCCGGAACCAUGAGACUCGUCAAUACCUCCAGGAGCAGGCCUACCGCCUCCAACAGGGCAUCGUUACCACCACCACUCAGCAGAUGAUUGACAGGAUCUGUGUGAAAGUCCAGGACCAUCUCAACUCCCUGAGGAACUCAGAGACAGACGUGGUCUUAGACGACGUCAAGACGGCCGAAAACCUGAUGAAGGAUGCCAGGAACUCCAAAACGCUGCUUCCUAACCUGUACCACCUGGGAGCAGCGUCCAGAGAAGAGGUCAACGGUCAGUCAGUAGGACCCAUCCAGGAGAAACUGGAGUCCAUGGCUGGAGAGGUGGCCAGGGUCAUGGAUGAACAGCUACAGGGUCUGUUGGAGUCCAUGGUGGAUGCUGCGGAGGGUCUCUGUCCCCAUGUGAUGAGGAAGACUAACCUUCGUCAGGACCUGAUCAAAGCCAGCACAGCUAAGAUGGUGGUUCCCCGUAGCUUCGUCAAGAACACCCUGCUGGAACAGUCUGGAGUCGACAUCAUCAACAAGAUCAGUGAGGUAAAGCUGAGCCUGGCUUCCUUCCUCUCAGACCGUAUCGUAGAUGAGAUCCUAGAAGCCCUGUCUGGCUCUCAGCAUACACUGGCUGACCACCUGGUGAGGAAGGAGCGUCCUCUGGUCCAGCGGGAGUCUGUGGACCUGGACGUACCCGAGGAGAGGGCUCCUAAACGGGCCACCACGGAGCUGAAUGAGGCAGAAAGGCUGGAGGACCUGGAGACAUGCAUGAUGACUCCCAAGUCCAAGAGGAAAAGCAUCCACAGUAGAAUGCUCCGUCCAGUUUCUCGUGCCUUCGAGAUGGAGUUUGACCUUGACAAGGCCCUGGAAGAUGUUCCUAUCCACACAGAGGACCCUCCUGCACCUUCCCCUGCUCCUACCCUCUCGAGGUUAGAGAAGAGACCGUCAGGGACCAUGGGAGAACUGCCCUCAGACGAGGCCAAGAAGCUGCAGCACUUCACCAAACUACGGCCUCGCAGGAACAAGAAGAUGCAGUCCAGUAAGAUACCGCAAAUCAGCAGCACCACGUCUCAGGACGGAGAGCAGAACGGCCUGCAUGGAAGGGUUGAUGAGGGGGUGGACGAGUUCUUCUCCAAGAAAGUCACCAAGAUGGACUCGAAACGUUCCCUAAAGAGUUCAGACUCCCAGGACGGGGAGAAGAAGAGGAGUAAAGGAGGUUUCCUCAACCUCAUCAAGUCUCGCACCUCCAAGUCUUCAGACAAAGACAAGUCUUCAGACAAAGACAAGUCAGAGAAGAACCAGUCUACCCCAGCUCCAGCCCUAACCCCAGCUCCAGCCCUAACCUCAGCUCCAGUAACCACUGUCUCCGAGGGGCCUUCCUCCCCUAAGGCCUCCCUGAAGAGCCAAGCUCCAGAACCACCAACCAAGAUCAAGGAGGCCAAGACCCAGCCCACUCAUCCCAGCCAGCUCACCCAACCCCUGGAGUGCAGCAGCAGCUCAGACCGGUCUGAGGAGCUACGGACCCCAGACUCUAUGGAUGAGGUGUCAGAGGGGGACAGUAAGGGUAGUCCCCAGGGGGGGAGGCGCUACGGGGUGCAGGUGAUGGGGACUGGACUCCUGGCGGAGAUGAAGGCCAAGCAGGAGAGACGGACCUUCGGAUCACAUAAGGACCAGUAUGACCAGUCGUCCAGUCCAGACAGCAGUGGCAGUGUGAAGGGCCAGCCUAUCCCAACAGAGAGCAGGUCUCCAGGUGGCUCCAAGGCAGAGGGGGUGGUGGUGGCCGGCUCCCCAGAGAAGAGCCCUCGUGGUGGGGAGGCCAAACCAGAGACGGCCCCUAGGAACCGCAUUACCUCAGUCCUAAGUUCCAGUCCUAAGCCUCCUCUUCAGGGCCCCAAGCCAGCCCUCGCUGCCCGACCCUCCAUCCUUCAGAAGCCGCGCACCAGCAGUAGCAGGAGCAUAGAUGAGGUCUGUGACUCUCCUGGAGGGAAUGUGUCUCCCAAGGGGGCAAUGCUGCCUUACAGCCUGAAGAGGGUCCCCUUGGACAAGGACAAGGAGGGGCAGGGCAGUCCUCUACUGGGGGGCACGGGGAGUAAUAAAAAACCCUCUGCUCAGGCAGUGAAUGUUCCAACUGAAGACGGUAGCGUGUUUGAUUCUGAUCAGGAAGCUGACAAGCCAAUCUCAGAGCCCGACACGCCUGCCAAUCACCUACCAGCACCGAACAGGAAGUGGGCGAGCACAAGAGCAGGAAGUCCCUCCCCUGUACUGCAGUGAAACCAGGCUCAGUGUCGGACCCUGCCAAUCGCCAGAGCCCCCACCGCCACAACUCUGAGGACAACGGCUCCAAACCCAAGGACCAAUCCCCCAACCCUGACAGAGACAAGGGACCGGGGAGAAAGUCUCCCCGAUCUGGAGAAGAGGCCGACAAAGACUUUAUUUUUCUAUGAGAAACUAAACUCUCAAUGAAUGACAGGUGCAUUGUACCUGCCUGUCAUCUCAGUAUAUCUGAUGUCAGGAAUCAGACAGCGACGACCGUAUCUCUAAAGACGGGCAGAGUAACCCACGUGAAGUGUUUCACUGUGAUAGGACUGUUGGACACUUUCACUAAAUCUCAGUCAUACCAAGAUAAAUACGGCUAAAGCACUGUUAUGAUGAUGCACUGUUGUGUGUUAAGUCACUGUGGAUCAUAAACAACACAUUUUCUGAAGGGGGAAGGAGAGGGACAUCCCUUUACAUGACUCAGAUAUCUCAUGGUUUGGCCAUGUGUGUACUAUGUCAUCAUGGUUUGGCCAUGUGUGUACUAUGUCAUCAUGGUUUGGCCAUGUGUGUACUAUGUCAUCAUGGUUUGGCCAUGUGUGUACUCUGUCAUCAUGGUUUGGCCAUGUGUGUACUCUGUCAUCAUGGUUUGGCCAUGUAUGUACUAUGUCAUCAUGGUUUGGCCAUGUGUGUACUAUGUCAUCAUGGUUUGGACAUGUGUGUACUAUGUCAUCAUGGUUUUGCCAUGUGUGUACUCUGUCAUCAUGGUUUGGCCAUGUGUGUACUCUGUCAUCAUGGUUUGGCCAUGUGUGUACUAUGUCAUCAUGGUUUGGCCAUGUGUGUACUAUGUCAUCAUGGUUUGGCCAUGUGUGUACUAUGUCAUCAUGGUUUGGCCAUGUGUGUACUCUGUCAUCAUAGCUUUGUGUGCCGGUCAUCCCCUGUGCUUGUAUUGGGAAGUGAAGUGGUGUACUGUCAUGCCAGUAAAAGCUAGCCUGGAAUCCACACUGAAUAUCUGUUUCACUAUUCAGAUUGGUAUCCAUGCCAGUAAAAGCUAGCCUGGAAUCCACACUGAAUAUCUGUUUCACUAUUCAGAUUGGUAUCCAUGCCAGAAAAAGCUCGCCUGGAAUCCACACUGAAUAUCUGUUUCACUAUUCAGAUUGGUAUCCAUGCCAGUAAAAACUAGCCUGGAAUCCACACUGAAUAUCUGUUUCACUAUUCAGAUUGGUAUCCAUGGCAGUUAAAGCUAGCCUGGAAUCCACACUGAAUAUCUGUUUCACUAUUCAGAUUGGUAUCCAUGCUAAGUGAAAUCCGGACAUGGAUGGGUCUCCAGCUCGGGGCUUUUCUGCAGGCAGUAUCAAUUGGCUCCUAAUUCAGGACCUGACUGCUUCGUGUGGACAGACGGACGUUUUCAAACCUGUCCAGCAAUUCAGGAAGUAAACUGAAAUACCAUUUGAACUGAAAUACCACUGAAAUACCAUUUGAACUGAAAUACCACUGAAUUACCAUUUGAACUGAAAUACCACUGAAUUACCAUUUCCAUUUCUCUUCACUGCUUUUCAAUCAGAAUUGUUUAAAAUUGGAAUUUGGCUUAGUUUCUGGAUUGGCUGGAAUUGAAAUGGAAUUGACCCGAACCCUGCUGUCUAGUCAGUCAGGGCCCGACAACUAGGGGUCAUGUCCUGACCUCGGCACCUUUCGGUCUUUCAAUUGGUCUUCGUUUGCUGCCUCGCUGCCAGUAGUUCAUUUUCUUCACGACCUGUAAAUCAUAUGGCUUUGGACUGAAGGGUUGGCUUACUCAGUCAGAACGUAGUGACGUCACGGUAUCAUAUGGCUUUGGACUGAAGGGUUGGCUUACUCGGUCAGAACGUAGUGACGUCACGGUAUCAUAUGGCUUUGGACUGAAGGGUUGGCUUACUCGGUCAGAACGUAGUGACGUCACGGUAUCAUAUGGCUUUGGACUGAAGGGUUGGCUUACUCGGUCAGAACGUAGUGACGUCACGGUAUCAUAUGGCUUUGGACUGAAGGGUUGGCUUACUCGGUCAGAACGUAGUGACGUCACGGUAUCAUAUGGCUUUGGACUGAAGGGUUGGCUUACUCGGUCAGAACGUAGUGACGUCACGGUAUCAUAUGGCUUUGGACUGAAGGGUUGGCUUACUCGGUCAGAACGUAGUGACGUCACGGUAUCAUAUGGCUUUGGACUGAAGGGUUGGCUUACUCGGUCAGAACGUAGUGACGUCACGGUAUCAUAUGGCUUUGGACUGAAGGGUUGGCUUACUCGGUCAGAACGUAGUGACGUCACGGUAACACGUGUUCCCGAUGUCUGGGACUGGGUUGAAUGCUGUGAAUGCAUCACAUUCCAUGAACCUGUCCACCUGGGGCCUAGUUCAGUAGGCAGAUAACGGAACAAAACUGACUGAAACAGGGAGGUCAAAUUACCUGAACUUGUCCAAUAAGAAACACUUGUUUUAGUUUAUUAUGCUCUCUACUGAACAGGACCCUGAGGGGUGAACUACGAAGCAGGUAGCAAGGUCACUUUGGUGAACUAUGAGUUCAACUCGGGAUAACCGGUCAUGCGAAAGCGUCUCACCUUUUUAGCAAAGGUCGAUUUCUAUGGCAACGAAUCCUCCAGAACUAACCCUCUCCGGGGCAGGCUAACUCCACUUACCUUGAAUUAAAUGAUCAAUCAAUUCAGAUUCCCUCCCUCUCGCAAAGACUGUGUCAUCAUCCCCUUCAUUUGAGGAAGACGACCGAUUUUUUUUGUGUGUGUUAAAAAAUAGUCAUGUUAAAAUAUCUAACAUUUCACAUUUAGUAAUGACGGAAUGCAUUCUAAACUUCACCCCCAGUAGCAUUUCUGUAUGACUUCAUAAUACUAUUUUAUUGAUAGGAGGGGGGGUGGGGGGGGGGGGUGCCUGUGGUUGUUGUGCAUUGAUAAGCACACCAAAGACGGCACUAAUGAUGAGUAAUAAAAUAAAGACUAAUUCAUGAUAAAUAAUCAAAAAUAAAAUAAAAACGCGUUAAUGAUGAGUGAUAAAAUAAACACGGCACUUCUAAAAGCCAAUUUCACACCACAACCUGCUGAAUUUCCAAAAUAACUUCUAUUUUCUCUUGAUUUCUGCACAAAUGAAAAUGUUGCACUGAGUCGCCCACGGAUUGAUGUUUCUGCAUUGUCGCGAUGAAGAGUUCGCCGUUCGACUAGCCACGUGCGACAUGCACGCGCAGGCAGUUUUACAAGCGGCAGGCGUACAAGCAAUAUCCACCGGCGUUAGGUACACAUGACGCCUGAACUGGGAUGUGAAGCUAGCUGAAGCUGGUUAGCUUUAGAAAGACCCUGAGUAGAUCUAGCAUGCUCCGUAGGAUAACCCCUCUGGUUAACUGUCUCGGUUGGUUUGGAUUUCUCUGUCUUGUAUUUUACUCUUUGUUUGGGGAUAAAGAGCAGCUGGCUGUCUUCUGUUUGGUUCUAUUAAACAAUAAAACCAUGUAACGACGUGUUAAAAAUAAUCAUUCAGAGUUAAAUAAGUAAGAGAGGGAGUCUAUCUCUCAGGCAGGGUGAUUACUGCUGAAUUUGUGUGUCUGAUAUGCAUAUGUGGUGUACUGUAUGUUUAAUUACAUGCAUGUAAUAUAAUACUGUAUGUUUAAUUACAUACAUGUAAUAUAUCCACACGCUUAUGUGUACACAAAUCCUAUAUUACUAUGGUACUACUAAGCACACUACUAAAAUAGGUUUAUAUAAUUAUGUAAUUUAUUGAAAUAAAAACAAUGUUUGGUGAUGUUUUUGUCCCUUUUCUUGUCCUUAUUGUAAAUGUACGUUGUGUUAAUCCUGAGGAAAUCAAUGUGUCCAUUUUCACUGUUUUCUUCUGAUUCUUUAAAUGAUUCAUUAGUUGUAUAAUUUUAUUUUUAUGACAAGAAACAUUGAUAUAUUUGCCUGAUCAUAUCGGAAAGCAUUUCAAAAAGGAAUCUUAAUUCAACAAAGAAAAUGACUCCAUGUUGUUACUCAGUGUGUUUCAUUUUGUUCCGGACGAUACUCCAUUAACAUGUUUCACUAAAUCCCACUACUGGCUGUGGACAUGUCCUUCCUUAUGUGAAUAUUUAUACCAAAUAAAAUAAUUGUACAGAUUGAAA